CUUCUGUCCGGCUACCUAUUGAAAGUGUAACAUUAUCAGUUUGUUCUGCUAUUGUGUUCAACCGGGCACGGUUGUGUGUUCUCGUUUGCCCAGAACAAACUAAGCCACGCUAUUGUUGGCAGAUACAAUUCGAAAGCGAGGCACAGAUGUUCGGUGCUUGAGAGAAACAAUUAUAAACUAUGCUUGGUGAAAACUACGUUUUGCAGGAUAAUGUUUCACGUUCGUUUGUGUGAAGGAAUAUAAAAUACCUAUUAUUACAGAGACCUACAUGUAUAUAUAUACGGAGAGGGGUUAUAAGACGUGUAAUUGCUGUAUACACGGCAAACAUAAACGUUUAAAGGUCCCGCAGUUACAGUUAGCGAUCAGAUGACUUGCAAAUAUUGAUUCCUGUUUCUCAUUUAGGAACACCUUCUCAGCAGACACGCUUUAUUAAAGUCGAACGUACUUGUUCCCUAGUGUAUAUUGUAAGGAUGUUUCAACCAAAAGUGAUCAUUUAAUUUAUUGAGCCGUCUGUCUUACAUAGAAAUUAGGCCAGUGUAUAUUAGGUAUUUAGAUCUAACGACUGUCUUUAAAAUUAGCCGGUGUGCGCUGUGAGAGCGAUUAUAUUCUAGCAAUUACUGUCGUACAUCGAUGGCCGUGAAAUGCGUGGUGAAGAUACGAUCAGAAAGCAAUUGUAUAAAGGACCGGGUGGCCGCGUUACUUUAGAUAUACGAAAUUUAAAUGAAGUUCCAAAAGAGGUUUUCGAUAUCACUGAGCUCCAGUGUUUAGUUGCGAACAACAACAAGCUAAAGGAGAUACCUUCUGAUGUAAGAAAGCUGUCUUGUCUUCAAGCCAUUUCAUUAAGAGGGAAUGCCUUAACAAGUCUACCUGAGAGUCUGUGCGAUUUAAAGUAUCUUGAAUAUUUAGAAUGCAGUGACAACCAAAUUAAGAGCUUACCACAUCGAAUUGGAAACUUGAAAAAUCUCAUUCAACUUUACGCUAACAGAAACUGCUUAACCGAACUACCCGUUGGUAUAAGUUACCUCUGGCAACUAGAAGUAUUGGGUUUGAACGGGAACAGGAUCACGCAUUUGCCAAUUGAGAUGGGACAAUUUCUUGAACAGAUCCGAAUACUUGGGCUGAGUAACAAUUGUCUAAACGCGCUGCCUACUGCCAUCUGUCGGAUGCGAAAACUAGUAAAACUUGGUUUAUCUGGAAACAAGAUUUCGAGUUUGCCUUCAACAAUUCGGAGACUUGAAUCACUGAUCGAUCUUCGUUUAGACGACAAUAGAUUAAGGUUUCUGCCAAGUCAACUUUUUACUUUAAAAUCUUUGGAGGAAUUAGCUCUGUCAAGAAACUUUCUUCGACGAGUUCACUCUCACGUUUCGCGACUGCCGUCCUUACGCUGCCUUGGAAUGAACCAUAACCAAAUAAGUUUUGUUCCACACCAAAUAGGCGACUGCUCAAAACUAGAGAUUUUAGGUCUCGAGUCAAAUCAUCUUACGCAGCUCCCGCCAGAAUUAGGAAAAUUAUUCACGCUUCGGGAAUUGUACAUCGGGAAGAACCGUUUCUCAGGCGCUCGUUGUAUUCCGGAAUCCUUAUCAAGACUUCGUAAUCUUACUGUGUUAGAUGUCGCUGGAAAUCAAGUGAAAGAUCUUCCGUUAGAACUAAAAACAGCGUCAUCACUAAACGAGGUAAAACUAUCAAAGAAUGUUUUAAAUCAUCUGCCAGUCGCACUUUGUAGUUUGGUAGACGUGAUUUUACUUGAUGUAAGCGACAACAAGCUAAAAUGCAUUCCAAGAGAUAUAAGGAAUUUGUCGUCCUUGAGAAAAAUAAUCCUCAGCAGAAAUAACUUCAAGCAGUUUCCCACGGAGCUCUGCCAUGUAACGCAGCUUGAAGAGAUCAACUUUUCCAACAACCUCAUUUCCACUAUACCAAGGGAAAUCUCGUUUUUAAAGAGACUUACAGAGAUAGACAUCAGCCACAACAAGUUUCAACAAUUUCCUAGAGAACUUUGUGGAGUGGUUGGUCUUCGUGCCUUAGAUGUGUCGGGAAAUCAACUGACUGAUAUUCCAUAUGAAUUCAAAUUUUUUGAAAACCUGGAAAGGCUGAAUCUCUCUGACAACCAAUUUGAUGAAUUUCCAAUCCGGGUUUGUUUUGUGACUACAUUAAAGGAGUUACACUUUGACCAGAAGUGUGGUAGAAAGCUUGAGUUGGUACCUGAACAUAUAUGCGAGCUGGAACACCUUGAGAAUAUUUCUUUGGAUCACAAUCAAAUACAAAACCUUCCCGAAUCGAUUAGUAACUGCAGAAGUCUCCGAAAACUAUCUGUGGUUGGUAACGUUCUUGAGAAACUUCCGGAAAGUAUUUGUGAACUUCCAAAUCUUAAAUCACUUGACCUAAAAGGUAACCAGCUGACUGAACUGCCAACACAGAUUCAUCGCCUUGAAAAACAACUUAGUCAUAUUUCCUUGGGUGAAAACCCCUUGAAAGAUCCAUUGAAAGUGGUUGCGAUGACUGGUGACAUUAAUCCCAUUGGAAAAUAUGUCAAGUCAGCUGAAGACAGAGGAGAAGUUUUGUUGACAAAGAUGAUGCAUUACAUUGCUGUUCAUUGUCCUAUAGAUGAGUUCAGUAGAUUGUGUAUGAAGCUUAAACUACCCAACAUACAUGAUGUAAUUUCAAACAAAUCAAUAACUGAACAAGAACAACUUUUUGAGUUGCUGAAUAUGUGGAGAGCAAGCAAUCCUUAUUCAACAAACGAAGCUCAGAAAAGACUGCUCCAUAUUGUUGAUCUGGUGGAUCUGCAUGAUAUUCUAGUGAAGUUAAAAGCCAUGACAUUUUACGCAAAAAUAUUGAAGUUGUAGAAACCAAUGUUUGAGCUGAAGCUGCACUAUAAUACUUUCCACAUUGCACUACUGGCACUUAAAUAAAUUCCAUUAAAUUGUGUUUGUA